AUUAUUUGUAGUUUUGUGACUAAUUCGGUCAUAUAAACCAUAUCAUCAUAAUUCAGACAUGUACAGAAAACCGCAUAAAGGUCCGGCAGAAGAGUUGAUUCGUCGAAGUGUAGUAGGAGGUACUUAUGUCUACCCCGGAAACUUCAGGGGGUUUAGCGUCAACAGAUCUUGGCGUGGGUCUAUCCCCCGAGAUCAACGCGAAUGCCUCCCGCCACGGUAUCUCCGUAGGAAUGUCUGCGAAACCUGGACCAAAACCACGCAGCUGCGUAACGUGCCGUACGCGUAAAGUUCGAUGUGAUAAAAUAUCGCCAUGUUCCAAUUGCCGCCGUGCAAGGAUCCCUUGUGUCGUUCCGUCCGGUGACAAGCCCCCGCGAUGGGCUCGCCGACUUGAGCGCAUCGCCAACAAUGCUAAGGCGGAGCAAGCAGUCGAUCCAGGUGUCAAUCAAGUGAUGGAAAAACUCCGAAAUCUUGAGGGCCUCGUAAAGGAACUUAGUAGCCAGCUAGAGCAAGCGCAUAACGCUACAAAAGCGAGUAGUCACAGUUCUCCUUCGGCCAACUCGCCAGGAAGUUCAGGCCAUGGCCGUGAUGCCGAGUACCAUGCGGUUCCAUCGCCUGGCAAAAGUAAUCCCGAUCUAUCGAAGCAAUUCGGCAGGAUUGUCCUUGGGAAUACUGGGCAGAGUCACUACCUUGAUAGCCUCAAAAUUGAAACCGAAGGUCUAGCCACUGCAGACUAUGAUAGUUCCGAGGAUGAGGCUUCACCUAGUAAGGCCCCGUCUACCCAGGAAUUGGAUAGGACUCCUUCACAGCGCCACGCGUUUCUGUUCCGGCAUAAUCUUACUUCUCACGGACCUGAUAUCCGCGACCUUCAUCCGUCGCUAUCUCGGAUCCCCUUUCUUGUUAAUGUUUUCGAUCAGAAUGUCAAUGUUCUGACUCAGAUAGUUCAUAUGCCUACAGUUAAUAGGAUGGUACAGAACUUACAAGAUAACGGCUUGUCGAUUCUUACACCAGCCAACGAAGCUCUCAUGUUUGCUAUAUACUAUGCCGCUGUCACGUCGAUGGAAGAGGAAGAUGCAAUAACUAAUCUCGGCUCCUCCAAGUCCGAACUUAACCUAAAGUACCGUUUAAGCUUGGAGCAUGCGCUUGCAAAAGCGGAUUUCCUGAAUGUAUCCGAUAUAUUACUUGUAAAAGCGUUUGCUAUUUUCCUAUGUUUGGCCCGCCGGUAUGAUAGUCCGAGAUUUAUAUACAUGAUGACAGGACUUGUCAUUCGGAUGGCUCUAUCUCUGGGGUUGCAUCGUGAUGGUAGCCAUUUCCCUCAUCUUACUCCCUUCGAAGUUGAGAUGCGACGAAGGUUAUGGUGGCACGUAUGCCUACUUGACGUAAGAGCCUCUGAGGAUCAAGGCAUGGAUCUUACUAUCGCCGCUGGAAGUUUUGACACCCGACAACCCCUGAAUAUCAACAAUGAUGAUAUUGAUCCAGAGACAAAGGAAAUCCCUAAAGAACGAGAAGGGAUAACAGAUAUGACCUUUUCUCUCGUGACUAGCUCGCAAUGCGAAAUAACAAGAGAGCUAAUGGCUGUCAGCCUCAAAGACGGGAUACCGCAGGUAGAUGUCCAGGAUCACCUGCUAAACAAGUACUACGAGAGGCUAGAAAAGAUAUACCUUCGAUACUCCAGAGCCGACGGAAAUAUCACCCACUGGGUGGCUGUCGUAAUUGUACGGCUGGUAAUGGCCAAGAUGAGUCUAAUAGUCUAUUUCCCGGUGCUUUUCUCGCCCCAAAGCGAGCACACUUCUGAAGAGAUGCGCAACAGGCUAUUCAUAGCCGCGAUCGAAGUAGCCGAGUAUAACCACAUGCUCAACUCAAAACAAGCCUGUCGGCAAUGGCGCUGGAUUUACCAAACGUAUACGCACUGGUAUGCCGUUGUUUACCUUCUGAUCGAAGUAGCACGGCGCCCCUGGUCGCCUAUGGUCGAACGGGCAUGGGUUGCGCUCCACAGCAGUUGGCUUAUCCCGCCUCGCAGCAGUACAAAUAAGACUUUGCGCUUCUGGGUCCCUCUCCGGCAGCUUAUGGCCAAAGCUCGGCGGCACCGCGAAGCCGAGAUCGAGCGGCUUCGGCGUGACCCGCAGGCAGCGCGGAAGUUGGAAACAGAAGACCGUAGUGCCAAACAACCGAGCAGCUCCGGUCCAUUUCCGGGUCCCGACAGUGCCGAGACCUUCCGGGAGCGCUGGCGCCGGCUUCUAGCAAUACCGCAAAGCCCAGAGGAUCAUACGCAGACUGUUGCGCAAUUUUAUGGAGAGGUUACGGUACCACCUAGUGCUAACUAUUCUGCCGAAACUAAUAAACCGGAUUUCCGCUCCGUUCCUUCGUACGACCCCAACGUCUUAGUAGCCCAACCCGGACUGGCGUACUCCCAGCCGAUCUUGACGUCGGGAACUGGAAUACUUCCGCAUAACCUUCCCGGCGAGAGUUUCUCAGAGUUAACUUUUAACAGUCAACAAAUGUUUCAUAACCUGGCUACACCGGCAGCCCAAUAUGCCGGUCCGGCCUACGGAUCUUCUUCGGCAUCUACGGAUCUGGGACCAGGUUUUGGAGCAUGGUUAUGGGCCGAUGCAGACCCAUCGGUCGACGUGUUUGCCGAUAUAGAGUUCGGGGCUACGGAUAUGAAUAUGGAUUUGGACGGUGAGAUCGACUGGAACAGCUGGGUGGCCUCGGCGAACGGGAUGAAUUGGCCGAGUGAAUAGAUGAAUGGGGAUCAGGCGUAUUGAUAUUGGGAGUAUCGCAGUUCUACAUGUCGUUACCUGUUAUUACUAGUUGGUCGAAUAUAUGAUAGGUUCUAAAGGCGAAAUUACUGUCUU